AUGAACAUAGGUGUGCUCAAUGCCAGCAACAAUAUGUUGUCAGGAAAAAUUCCAGUGGAAUUGACCAGUCUUCGAAACAUCUCUGUUCUGUUGCUUGAUGGGAAUCAAUUCUCGGGUGAGCUUCCAUCCGAGAUCAUCUCAUGGAAGUCGCUCAAUAAUUUGAAUCUCUCAAGAAACAAACUUUCUGGCCCAAUUCCCAAGGCAUUAGGUUCUUUACCUAACCUUAAUUACCUCGACCUGUCAGAAAACCAGUUCUCAGGUCAAAUUCCUCCUAAACUUGGUCAUUUGACGCUUAAUAUCCUCGAUCUAUCGUUCAACCAACUCUCUGGGAUGGUCCCCAUUGAGUUUCAAUAUGGAGGAUAUGAACACAAUUUCUUGAACGAUCCCAAGCUGUGUGUCAAUGUUGGCACUCUGAAACUCCCUAGAUGUGAUGCCAAAGCCGUUGACUCCGACAAAUUGUCAACCAAAUAUCUCGUUAUGAUCCUAAUUUUCGUUGUAUCUGGUUUCCUAGCUGUUGUUUUGUUCACCCUGCUCAUGGUUCGAGAUGAUAAUAGGAAGAAUCACAGUCGAGACCAUACACCUUGGAAGGUUACUCAAUUCCAAACACUAGAUUUCAAUGAACAGAGAUUUGAUCAAAAGCUUCAGAAACAAUUUGAAACAGAAGUCGAGAUAUUGAGCACCACACGCCAUGCCAAUAUAGAGAAGUUGUUGUGCUACAUACCAAAUGAAACCUCAAGUCUUCUUGUUUAUGAGUACAUGGAGAAGCAGAGUUUGGAUAGAUGGCUUCAUGGGAAGAAGCAGAGAACAACGUCCAUGACAAGUUCAGUCCAUAACUUUGUCUUGGAUUGGCCAACAAGGUUGCAAAUUGCCAUCGGAGCUGCAAAAGGCCUAUGCCACAUGCAUGAAAACUGCUCUGCCCCGAUCAUACAUCGAGAUGUGAAGUCCAGCAACAUCUUGCUAGAUGCCGAGUUCAAAGCAAAAAUUACGGAUUUUGGAUUGGCCAAGAUGUUGGUCAAGCAAGGAGAGCCCGACACCAUGUCAGGACUUUCAGGCUCUUACGGAUAUAUUGCCCCUGGUAAGACCAUCAAGGCCCUCCUUUCCACAUGUUUUCAUUUCCAUAAUUUAUCGAUAAUUUUUAUCAUACAAUUCUUGUAUACUUGGAUGAUAGAGUAUGCUUAUACAACAAAGGUGAACGAGAAGAUCGAUGUAUAUAGCUUUGGAGUAGUCCUGCUUGAGCUAGUGACGGGGAGAGAACCCAACAGCAGGGACGAGCACAUGUGCCUUGUAGAAUGGGCAUGGGAUCAGUUCAGAGAAGGGAAAACCAUUGAGGAAGUGAUGGAUGAGGAGAUCAAGGAACAUUGUGAAAGAGCACAAGUGACCACUCUCUUCAGUCUAGGCCUCAUGUGCACUACCAGAUCACCAUCCACUAAGCCCACAAUGAAGGAGGUUUUGGAAAUUCUUCGACAGUGCAGUCCUCAGGAGGGCCAUGGAAGAAAGAAAAAGGACCACGAAGCUGCACCCAUGCUUCAAAAUGGCACUUACCCCGCUACUUACAAGCAUAGCGAGAUGGGAUCAGACAAUGAGGAUGACGAUAACUUAGUUUGAA